AUCCUCCCGCCUCGACCUCCGAAAGUGCUGGGAUUACGGGAGUGAGCCACCAAGCCCGGCCUCACUUUCCAUCAUAAGCAUGCUUUCCAUUCCUUCCUUCCUUCCAUCUUUCGUUCAUUCGUUUUUAAAAAACGUUCAUUGGGUUCCUCCUGCACUGUUCGGGGCUUUGGGCUACAGCUGUCAACAAGUGGAGACAAGUCGGUGAUCUAGUGAACUUCCAUUCUGGAGGGGAGAGACAGAUGACCAAGGUGCACAGAGCAGGUGGUGAUAAGUGCCGUGGAGAAGAUGAGAACAGGGGGUUGGAGAGUGGAGAGGAAGCAGGAGAAGGAGUGAGGCACCAGAACAUUCCAGGCCGGGGCAACAGCAGGGAGCCCAGUGUAGCUGUGGCCAAUUUGGGAACAGAGAAAGAGGAGGUGAAGCCCAGAGAUGCGGGGAGGGGCCAGUGGUGUGGACCUUACCAACUGGCAAGGACCUUGACUUUCCCUUCAAGUGGAAGGGGACAGCUUGGGAAGUUUUUGAGUGGAGGUGACACACAAUCUGAUUUAGGGGUUUAAAAGCCAUCGUGAGAGGUGGUGGCUUGGACUGGGUACCUACGGGAUCAUAAGGGAGUCACAUUCUGGGUGUAUUUCAGUGGUAAACCGACGGGAGGUGAUGGUAGGUUGGACGAGUGUGUGAGAAAGAGAGGAGUUGUGGAUGGACCAAGGUUUUAAGCUUGAGCUACAACGUGAACCUCAUCAGAUGGAUGUUUUUGGAGAGGAUGAACACCGGAAAGCUCAGGAUGGCAAAACAGAAGAGAAAAGUUCCUGAAGUGACGGAGAAAAAGAACAAAAAGCUGAAGAAGGCCUCAGCAGAGGGGCCACUGCUGGGCCCUGAGGCCGUGCCAAGCGUCGAUGGAGCCAGCUCCAAGAGAUGGAGUUUCACCAUGUUGACCAGGCUGGUCUU